AUGGACUUUGCAUCCCCAUCCAGACCAGAGAAAGCUGCUUGUUCAUCUCCACUGUCCACUAGCAAGCGCUUCGGUAGCCCGCCCCAGGCGCCCCGGGAUCGCGCCUCUGGACACAUCCAACGACCCCCAACUCGGCUCUGGACGCUAGUUCGAGGGUCAGAGAAGCCUCGAAGGCCAGGCAACAGGAAGCCUUCAUCCAGCCUAGGAGGGAAAGGAAAAUCGGUGCCAGCGGUGGUUGCAAGACGCACCGUGGCCAGCAGAGGGCGGAAUGCGCCCGGGCCGCCCGCCGGCCCUGCGCGGAGUUCCGCGCCUCGCACGCAACUCUGCAUGCCCAAGCCUUACCCGCCGGGUUCUCCCCGCAGCGGCGCGCCCAGGCCCAGAUGCCCAGAGAAGGCAGCCCAGGCCCAGGCCCAACCUCGGGGCCCCGCGGCACAGGGGGCCACUUCUGACCAAGCCUCCCGCAGGCUCCAAAUCCGAUCCGCCCUCUCGCCUCCAGCGGGGUCAGGGGACCCGCCCCCCCAUGCCCUCCGCCCCCGCCCGGCUCCGCGCGGCUGCUCCGCUCCAGGAGCGGCAAGGGCCGCCCCGCAGCGGCUCACAAGCGAAGUCCGCGCCUGCCUUGGGGCCAAACCCGCCCUCCUAGAGGAGCCGCCAGCCGAUGGGGACCCAGGGACCGGUGCGGUGUCCUGUGGCCAGAUGCGGUGUCCUCUCGCAUCUCGCACUGAUGCCAGGCCUUACGCUUUCCCGGACCCUUCCCGCAAACCCCGGGCCCACCCCUUCUCCCUGUCCAGGGCCCCGUUUGGCGAGUGCGGGACCAGCGGUCCUCCCUUUCUGUCCGCCUUGGUCCCUCGAUCCCGGCAGUCAGCCCUCACCGAGGACCAAGCUGUCCCGGACCGGCGCCGCCGCCCAGGGGACGCUAACUCAGCCUCGGAGACCUACCUCGCCGAAAGUCGGGGUCCCCGGGCGGCCGCUCUCGGCCGGCGCCGUCCCCUGGCGGAGCCGCUGCGCUCCCGCCGUCCGCGCAGUCUGGCCUCGCUCGGGGCCACUCCUCUUAACGCUGGAGCCUUACAAAAUAUUAAUAAUCAAGAAGGCAAGAAGGAAAAAAGAAAGCCUUCAUUCCCCAACUCCCAAAUCAAUUUUUCAAGGGGGUGGGACACAGGAUUUGUUUCGCAGGCGACCCAAACUUCUGUGAAGGGCCAGGGGGACAGCCGGCCGGGCCAGGGCGCCCGGGUCCGCACUCGGGUCCAGACGCCGCGCGGGGCGCAGGCUGGGGGCGCGGGGAGCCCUCCCGCGGGGGGGCGGCGACGGCACUAUUUGACGUGGAGCCGCCGGCUCAUCCCGGCGCAGGGAUACGAGGCGCACCAAUGA